GGGGCGGUGGCGCGGGUUCUCCAGGCCAACACGCGGCGGCGCACCCUCCCCUCGCGCCGCGGGCCUCCCCGCGCCGUGCACGUCCUCGUCCCGCGCCUCCGCCCCUCGCUCGCUCGCUCCUUCCCGCCCUCCCCGCAGCGCCGGCCGAGCCGGCUUCCCCUCAGUCUCUCAUGAAUAUUGAGCGGCCCCUGUUGUAUUUCCCGAGCUCCAUUGCGGAAGCUGAGGCUCGCCAUAUUGUGCGGCGGCGCCGGCGGCCGCGGCAGCUGAUACCAGAGUCUUGCUCCGGACGCGGCCAGCGGAGCCCCGGGCUGGGGCAGGAGCCGGAUGUACUUGUUAAAGAGUUACUCUGCCAUGCUAGAUUCAGACCCACCUCCCCGCCAAUCUUGGACAAGUUGAACAUGGUCACCCAGUUCUUUGAUAGAUUUCACCUGCUCAUUCAGCAAUGUCUCAGGCUGUGCAGACAAACGGAACUCAACCAUUAAGCAAAACAUGGGAACUCAGUUUAUAUGAGUUACAACGAACACCUCAGGAGGCAAUAACAGAUGGCUUAGAAAUUGUGGUUUCACCUCGAAGUCUACACAGUGAAUUAAUGUGCCCAAUUUGUUUGGAUAUGUUGAAGAACACCAUGACUACAAAGGAGUGUUUACAUCGUUUUUGUGCAGACUGCAUCAUCACAGCCCUUAGAAGUGGCAACAAAGAAUGUCCUACCUGUCGGAAAAAACUAGUUUCCAAAAGAUCACUAAGGCCAGACCCAAACUUUGAUGCACUCAUCAGCAAAAUUUAUCCAAGUCGUGAUGAGUAUGAAGCUCAUCAAGAGAGAGUAUUAGCCAGGAUCAACAAGCACAAUAAUCAGCAAGCACUCAGUCACAGCAUUGAGGAAGGACUGAAGAUACAGGCCAUGAACAGACUGCAGCGAGGCAAGAAACAACAGAUUGAAAAUGGUAGUGGAGCAGAAGAUAAUGGUGACAGUUCACACUGCAGUAAUGCAUCCACACAUAGCAAUCAGGAAGCAGGCCCUAGUAACAAACGGACCAAAACAUCUGAUGAUUCUGGGCUAGAGCUUGAUAAUAACAAUGCAGCAAUGGCAAUUGAUCCAGUAAUGGAUGGUGCUAGUGAAAUUGAAUUAGUAUUCAGGCCUCAUCCCACACUUAUGGAAAAAGAUGACAGUGCACAGACGAGAUACAUAAAGACUUCUGGUAACGCCACUGUUGAUCACUUAUCCAAGUAUCUGGCUGUGAGGUUAGCUUUAGAAGAACUUCGAAGCAAAGGUGAAUCAAACCAAAUGAACCUUGAUACAGCCAGUGAGAAGCAGUAUACCAUUUAUAUAGCAACAGCCAGUGGCCAGUUCACUGUAUUAAAUGGCUCUUUUUCUUUGGAAUUGGUCAGUGAGAAAUACUGGAAAGUGAACAAACCCAUGGAACUUUAUUACGCACCUACAAAGGAGCACAAAUGAGCCUUUAAAAACCAAUUCUGAGACUGAACUUUUUUAUAGCCUAUUUCUUUAAUAUUAAAGAUGUACUGGCAUUACUUUUAUGGACAGAUCUUGGAUAUGUUGUUCAAUUUUCUUUCUGAGCCAGACUGGUUUACGCUAUUCAAAUCUUUUCCCCUUUAUUUAAGAUUUCCUUUUUGGAAGGGACUGCAAUUAUUCAGUAUUUUUUUCUUUCCUUUAAAAAAAUAUAUCUGAAGUUUCUUGUGUUUUUUUUUUCCCCACAAAGUGUGUUUCCACUUGGAGCACCCUUUUGACCCAGGAAUUUUUCAUAGUUUCUGUAUUCUUAUAAGAUUCAGUUGGCUGUCCUUUUCCUGCUCCCCUCAAAAGAUUUUUAGUCAUACAGAAUGUUAAAUAUUAUGUAUUCUGACUUUUUUUUUCCCCCGGAGUCUUGUAUAUUUAUAGUUUUCUAUAUAAACUGUAGUAUCUUCAUGAAGACCCAAGGCUCAAAUUUGCUGUCCUUAAAAACAAUUCUCAUAGGAUUAUUCUUUUCAUGGUAUUUUCUUCCAUAAUAUCUCAUUUUAAAAAGAAGUUCUUUAUGAACUUAGUGUCCAUUGUCAUGCAAUGUUUUUUUUUUUUUUCCAUUCUUUUUCCCUGUAAUUUUGGAAUUUCUGGUCCUGGGAAGAAUCAAACAAAAUCUUAAGUUCUAUGAGAACUUGGUUCAUUGACAGAUUUUGCUGAAGAAAGAAAAAUUAAAUUGGUAGUAAAAUAUAGUCUUCAAGUAUACGUUUGAGAGUGCUUUUUUUUGUAUUAGUUCUGCUGUCACUUCAUUUCCUGUAUUAUAUGUGAUGUUUUUCCCCAUUAAAAUACCAGAGAUAAUGGAGAUAUUUUGCACUUUAGCCUUGAUGAAAAGUACAAGAUAUGUUCAAAGCUUCCCUUAUUUUUUUCUUAUUUGUAGCCACAUAAGUUUCAAGAAUAACAUGGCACACAGAACAAUGGAAAAAAGUUUGUUUCCAUUGGAAAAUUAUAUAUCAUUUUGGGUUGCCACAUCAGUUUAUAAAUUUGGCGCUCUUUUAAUUACACUCUGUAGAAGGUUAAUAGAGCUUGAGCCCUGCUUUAAUAUGUAGUGAAAGAUAAUUCUGUAGAAAAACGUCAGCCAGUAGGGUAAAGUCAUUCUACUGUUCUUAAUUUUUAUAUUGAGGAACAAUAUUGGGUGUUUGGGAGCCAGAAAGCUUUGUUGACAGAUCAGAAAUAAGAUUGACUUGGGUGUUAUAUUUCAUCUCUCUCCAGACUCUAGGUAUAUUUCCAACUUUAUAUAUCACAGUAUUUAAAAAGACAUGUUUGCAUUGAGAAAUUAACCCUAAAGGGUUUUCAAUAGGGUGUAGACCUCCAGUACCUUUGUAACUGAAGUCUGUCUAGUCAUUGUAAAUAUUUAUCUGUCAGUUUUGACAGAUUGGGGCCAGCUUGAUGUUUUAAAUCUUCAGCCCGGUAUGAAAACUUAAAGGUAUAUAUUCAAUUUUUUACCAUUUUAUGGAAAAUAUUUAAAAUCUGUUUUUACAGGGUUUUUUUUUUUUUUUUUUUUUUGUAAUCUGUGCCAUGAAAUUUGAAAACCACCAAAAAUCAAGGGAACUUUUAUAUAUUCAAUUCCUUUUCUGGUGUAAUGUUAAAGUUGUAUAGAUUAUUAAUGCAUGCCCACUGAAUAUAACCCUGGUUUUGUGAUAAAACUGCUUAGAUUUUGUUGAUGACAUUAGAUUAGUAGUUGCAUUGAAUAACUAAAUUCCCAUUGUGAUUAACUGAAAUUUUGUCUUUAAGCAGAGAGUUAUUUGUGACUAUAAGCUUUGUGCUUAGAGAAUGUAUGUGUUUUUAUCUGUCAGUAUGGGAGGAUAUAAACUGCAUCAUUAGUGAAA